AUGGAGCAGCCACGGCUGAGCCUCCCCGGUCCGGCCCCGCUGGCGGCUCCGGACCCGGCCCCCCCCCCGACGGAGCAGCGGGACGCAGCCGCCUGCCCCGGGACCCCCCUGGUGCCCCCCGGCAUGGUGCUGCGGGAGUCCCCCUUCCCCAGCCGGCCGCUGGCGGCCCUCGACGGCCUGGCACAGGGGCUGCUGUGCCCCGGCUUCUGGGCCCUCAACCGGCUCCUGGACCUGCAGCCGACGACGGCGGAGCGGGCACGGGGCCGCGGCUGCUGCGGCUGCACCGGGCGGGCGCUGGCGGGGCUGGCGUGCGCGGCGCUGCUGCUGCUCUCGCUGCCCCUGACCGCGCUGGGGCUGCUGCUGUGGCUGCCCACGCAGGCGGCGCGGCGGCCCUUCGCCUACCACCACGCCGUGGCGGCCGCGGCCCCGCCGCCCUGGGACCCGCGGCAGCGCCGCAGCUUCACCUUUGUCAGCGCCAACCUGUGCCUGCUGCCCAGCGGGCUGGCCAAGUUCAGCAACCUGGGCCAGACGCUGCAGCGCGCCGCCUACGUCGCCCAGCAGCUGGCCCCCGAGCCCCCCGGCGCCCACGCCAGCCUCAUCCCGCCGGGGCACGGCGAGGCCGGCGGCUACGGGGGGACCCUCCGCAGCCCACCGCGGCCUCGCGGCGAGGGCGGCCCCUGGCACUACGGCAGCGUGGUGCUGGAGGUGGAGGGGGACGCGGCGGGCACGGCCAAGCUCCUCCCGGCGGACGCGUCCCGGCACUUCCCGGCGGACCUCUCCGAGCGCUUCCCGGCGGACGCGGACUUCCUCUGCCUGCAGGAGGUGUUCGACGUGGGCGCCGCCGCCCGCCUGCGCCAGCAGCUGGCCGGAUCCUUCCCGCACAUCGUCUACGACGUGGGGGCCCGCGGGCUGCGGGGCUGCGGGCUGAAGCUGUUCGGCAGCGGGCUCUUCCUGGCCAGCCGCUACCCGCUGCUGGCCGUGCAGUACCACUGCUACCCCAACGGCGCCCGCGAGGACGCCCUGUCCGCCAAGGGGCUGCUCUCCGUCCAGGUGCUGCUGGGCUGCGCGCGGGGGCAGCGCGUCGUGGGGUACCUCAGCUGCACCCACCUGCAGGCACCCGCACCCGACGCCGCCAUCCGCAGCGAGCAGCUGACGCUGGGGCUGCACUGGGUGCAGCUCUUCCAGGACGCCCACGAGCAGCGCGGGGACAUCGUGGCCUUCGACGUCUUCUGCGGGGACCUCAACUUCGACAACUGCUCCCGAGGUGACGAGCCCAACCAGAGCCACGAGAUCUUCAAGCUGUACCGGGACCCCUGCCGCGUGGGACCCAAGCAGGAUGAGCCGUGGGCCAUGGGCACCCUGCUCGACUACCUGAAGAUCUACGAGGAGCCCGUGUCCACCCCCGAGAACAUGAAGAGGUGA